AUGUACACACUCUCAGCUGGUCUAUGGGAAAAAUUCUUCAAAAAGAGAGAUUACUACAUAGUAAUUGUGGGCCUGGACAACGUCGGAAAAACUACUUUUCUUGAACAGACGAAAUCCCACUUUGUGCACGGCUAUGGCGCAUUGAAUCCUGCACGGAUAACAAGUACUGUUGGAUUGAACAUUGGCAAGGUGGAAAUCAAUAACACUUGUUUGAACUUUUGGGAUCUGGGCGGGCAAGAAGAUCUCCGAACUCUAUGGAGCAGCUACUAUGAUGAGGCCAAUGCUAUGAUUUUUGUAGUCGAUGCCACUAGAAGAGAUUUGUUUGCGGAAGUUGCCAGUGUGUUCAGAGAAGUGAUCUCAAAUGAGUAUGUGCAGCGAAUGCCGAUACUCGUCGCUGUGAACAAAAGUGAAAUCGAUGGUGCAGCUGAAGCCGCAGAGGUGCGGCAUAUUUUACAAGAUGAUCAACACAUUGGUGAUUUAGCCGUAUUGCCAGUAUCUGCGCUCGAAGGCACAAAUAUCGACAGAUGCGUGCGAUGGAUAGUCCGUACCUUAGCGAGUGAACCUUUGUAUCUCUAA